UCCAAAAAUUACUCCAUUCCCCUAUUAACACUCCAAUUCUAUAUUUACAUUGAACAAUGUGAAAUUUCUAUUUAUAUUGCCUAAGAGUCAUAACCAUAAAAACAAAUUAAUGCCUCUAGAGUCUACACAUGUAGAUGUUUUUUGACUCCAAUCUUGAGGCACUUUUUUAGAUCUAAGUUUCACUCAACAUGGUUUUGAAUGAUUGUGUCAAUCAUCAUCAUCAUCAUCAUUCAUCUGAAAUGUCCUUUAGAAUAACACAAGAUAGUAGAUUCUUCUCUAGGCUAAUGUCCAAGGAAACCUCAAAUGCAAACUCAUCUUCAAGGAGAGUGUUCUACUAUGGUGAAACAUCAGUUGCUGUUCCUUUCACUUGGGAAGCACAGCCUGGAACACCUAAACAUCCUUUGUCAGAAACCUCUCUACCUCCUCUCACACCUCCACCUUCUUAUUCUACUACCAAUAAGUCCAAUGCCAAGAGAAGCAACUCAAAACUCAACAUGUUUUUAGCCAUUUUGCCUAGGCUGGUUGGUUCAAGGAAGACUCAUGUUUCGCCUUCUUCGUCGUCCUCGUCUUGGUCCUCGUCCUCGUCUUCGUCGUCGUCCUCGUUUUCGAUGAGAGACGGAAGGCUCUCGAGAUCUCGUCGCGGAUCAAGGUCUUUGAAAAGCAAGAUUUCUAGUGGGUUUAGAGGGUGCUAUCCUUUUGGGAGCAUGAAGAAUGCAAGUGUAAGCCAUGGUGCACUUUAGUUUAAUUAAUUCCUAUGGUUGUUGUAGAAAUCUUUGAAAUUUUAGUUGUUUAUUUGCUUAGAAUGAUGUUUGUGUUAAGUUUCAUUUGUCAAACAUGGCAUAAUAUUAUUGAUGUCAUUUCUCAUGAUGAAAAUUAAUAAUAUAUGUUUAUGGUAUAAA